GUGGCCGGGAGGGAAGGCCUUGCCUGGGUCACAGCGAGCCCAUUCACCUCGGCCCGCAUCUCCCCUCGAGCCCCAAACACUGCAGUUCGGCGGGUGCGGCCUCCACUUGGGUCGGGGCCAGGUGCCUUCCCCCGUCCCUGCAGAUCCCUGGGCUUCCCGGGGCCGCUCUGAUAGGGAGGCGAAUGGAGCCCACUGUGUGAAGCCGAAGGUGGUCGUGGGGAGGGGGGUCGCGUCCACACCCUUCAGUCCCGGCGGGGGUCCUGGUCGAUGCCCCUUUAUACCACCUGUGUGACCCAGGCGGGCCACGGAACCCUCCUGGGCCUCGCUGUGAGCAUCCGUAAAUAGGGAUGAUUCGUAGGACCUGCUUCCUCGGACUGCUGGAAGGACCGAAGUGGGUAUCCAACCUCUCACCUGUGCUGGUCAUAGUCCGGAAUACAGACAUUGAAGCUUGGGACAAGAUAUUUAUCUAAUUUCUGUGGCUAAAUUAAAGACCUGCCAUGAUGUCGAAGAAAGAGACUGAAUUUGUCAUUUUCACCUAAAGAAAAAUGAUAGACAAAAAUCAAACCUGUGGGACAGGACAGGAUUCCAUGCCCUCCAUGACUUGUCUGAUCCACGUACUUGAAGAAUGGUUUGGUGUGGAGCAACUGGAGGACUACUGGAAUUUUGCAAACUAUCUCUUGUGGGUUUUUACACCACUCAUACUUUUAAUACUUCCUUACUUUACUAUCUUUCUUCUCUACCUUACUAUUAUUUUCUUACACAUUUAUAAGAGGAAGAAUGUAUUAAAAGAAGCUUACUCUCAUAAUUUAUGGGACGGUGCCAGGAAGACGGUGGCAACGCUGUGGGAUGGACACGCGGCCGUCUGGCACGGGAAGGACUCCUGGGUCCGACUCCUGAGUUCGAACGAGGCCCUGCCAGUCACCGCGGGGGGACCUUGGACAGGUUAUGAAGUUCAUGGGAUGGAAAAAAUACCAGAAGGGCCAGCACUGAUCAUUUUUUAUCAUGGAGCUAUUCCCAUCGAUUUUUACUACUUCAUGGCUAAAAUUUUUAUCCAUAAAGGCAGAACUUGCCGAGUAGUAGCUGAUCACUUUGUUUUUAAAAUUCCAGGGUUUAGUUUAUUACUUGAUGUAUUUUGUGCUAUACAUGGACCAAGAGAAAAAUGUGUUGAAAUUCUGCGGAGUGGUCACUUGUUAGCUAUCUCACCAGGUGGUGUUCGAGAAGCCCUGAUUAGCGAUGAGACCUACAACAUCGUGUGGGGUAAUCGUAAAGGCUUCGCUCAGGUUGCAAUUGAUGCAAAAGUGCCCAUUAUUCCUAUGUUUACACAAAAUAUUCGAGAAGGAUUUAGAUCCCUCGGAGGAACAAGGUUAUUUAGGUGGCUGUAUGAGAAGUUCCGUUAUCCGUUUGCCCCAAUGUAUGGAGGUUUUCCAGUGAAGUUACGCACCUAUUUAGGUGACCCUAUUCCGUACGAUCCAAAGAUCACGGCAGAAGAACUAGCUGAAAAGACGAAGGAUGCUGUUCAAGCUUUGAUUGAUAAGCACCAAAGAAUACCCGGAAACAUUAUGAGUGCUUUGCUAGAACGUUUUCAUAACAAACAAAAGAUCGACUAGAAGACUCUUUAAUACAUUUAUAUUAAUACAUCUAUGUCUGUAGGACUGUCUUCAAAAUUUUGUGGGUUCUGUAAUUAGUAUUUUUUAAAAAAUCAUGUUAAUAAGCAUCUUUCACUGAACUCGUUUAACAUUGUAUUGUCAAUUUUGUUUCUGCAAUCCAUUGUGUCAGAUUUAAACAAUAACUCGUUACAUGCCUAAUUAUUCAGAAAAUGAUCAUGGUUCUUUUUAUAAUUUCCUAAUAAUGUAUCAUAAACAUAGAUUCUUAAAGUUAAGUUUAUUAAUAACAGCAAUGGAGGUUAAACAAACAUUCCUAAAUAAUGCAUCUAGUUUCUGUAUCUCUUGCACUGAGCUAGUUUUGCAAGGUGGCAUAACCUAGGGUUUAGUACAGACACUUCAGUUAGGAAAAAAAAUGCUCUUUCCUCUGCCCCUCAUUCCUCUCAUGACCUUGGGCAAAUCACAUAAUGUUUUUAUGCCUCAACAAUUCAAUUUUUAAAAACAUGUUAAUACUUUGGUGAGGAAUAUUGUUUUAAAUUCUUUAUAUUUGCUGUGAUUGAUAACUGUAGAACGAAAUUAUAACUGAAUUAAUUAAACAAUACCAACGUCUUUUAGAAGUUUAUGUAUUUUGUCCAUAGGAUGUUUAAAUUACUCCUUCAGGUAUGAUGUCAAGUUGCCAAGGACAAUGAACAUGAUGUACUGUUUUUCAAGUUGAGUAAAAAAGAAAUUAGGGAAAGUAAAAUUUCUAAUUAUUGUUAUUAUUCUUUCUAGUAUUUUAUAUAUAUAUAUAUAUUUUUUUUUUUUUUUUUUUUUUUUUUUUUUUUUUUGCGGUACGUGGGCCUCUCACUGCUGUGGCCUCUCCCGUUGUGGAGCACAGGCUCCGGACGUGCAGGCUCAGCGGCCAUGGCUCACGGGCCCAGCCACUCCGCGACAUGUGGGAUCCUCCCGGACCGGGGCACGAACCUGUGUCCCCUGCAUAGGCAGGCAGGCAGACUCUCAGCCGCUGCGCCACCAGGGAAGCCCCCUCUAGUAUUAUAUUUUUAAUGAGACUCUGUAGACAAGCCGUACAGGGUGUGCAUUCUCAGCCCUAUGAUAUGGCAUUUAAUACUGUCAGGAUAGAAAUCACGGUUGUGCCCUGCAUCUCAUAUGUUAGAAGCUGAUUCUAGGCUGAUGAAAGCACAGAGAGAAAGCUCUGCUUUUGCUCAACAUCAUGGCUUAUUCAGCUUGACUUUGCAACCAGUCAGAUGGUUUAUUGUUUCAAUAAAAAUAUACUUGAAUAAUGAAUUUAUGUGAACAUGUCUUUCUGAAAAAUUAAUGGCUUUCGAUUUGUUGUCUCCUUGAAAUCUGAAUUUAAAAGUAUUUAAACACGAUAGUACCAGGAAUCAAAAGCAGUAUGUCCCUCUCCCUUUUUAAGAUAUUAAAUUACUUGGAUUUUUGUAUAAAUUUUUGUAUAACAAGUAUGUAUGUAUGAUACGUGUAAUGUAUAUAAAAUAAAGCAGCAUAAAAAUAAAAGAAGCUGAACUGAAGUUCAUAUUCUUGUGAGAUUACAUAUGUGACAUUUUCUUAGUUUAAACUGAUUUUUUUUUACUAUUUAUGUAUUCCUCACCUACAAUCAUAUUCAUCA